GCCGAGGAUGCCAAUGCCAGAAUCUCAGCUAUCCGUAGAAACGAGCCGGUCUCUGUCGGGAUGCCGAGGAAGUGCUGCAGCCAUUGUCCUCGUAGGAGCUCGGGGUCGGUGUCGUUAGCGCAUCCCAUCACCUCGUGCAUCGAGCGAUUCGUCACCGCCAAGAAGUUCCACGCGGAGAACCUGCAGCACCAGCCUCUACCGGACCGCGUGGACGAUGCUAUUUUUAGCGCGAGUGUCAGGGCCGAGGAUCCGUACAUGUGCGAGGCGGUCAAAAGGUGCCAGAGGAUCGUGCCACGGCGCCAACCCGGACGCAGGAAGGAUCUGCCGCGCUCGUCACAUUACGGCCCUGCCCUUGGCUGCAAGAGGCCGACUACCUACAUGGACUUGGCCAUCUGUUGGGAGACGCCACCGGAUCCGGCCUACGAGCCCCGUCGAGCACCGCAUAUCGACGGCUCCGACGGCGGACCGGCCCCAGCGGUCUUCACCCUCGUCCAGCAACCGGAACCCAAGGUCGAUGUGCACAACGGCUCUAUACCGGGACUAGAAAAGGGAGACGAGGAGCACGAGGAGACGGAGGCUACGAGGAAUCGCUGCUGUCAGGAUUGCGAUAAAUGCCUUAAGGAUCGAGGCAAAGCAGACUCGGAGGCCAAGGAGGUUAUGUUGUGCAAGAGCUUGGACUCGAUGAAUCUAACCGACGAGCGCAGCAACGCUUCCAAGACCAGGCGAGCCAACUCCCAGCGACACUGCCUCGGCUGUCCCCAGCUGAGCAAAGCCGAGGCCCCCGCGAGGACGACGCGUUCCGCACUCUGUCCCAGGAAGCCCGUCAAGAGCAAUGGGCUGCCUUCCAGACUGCAGGUGCCCCGACCCCGGACUCCCUACGCACGCAGGACCUUCUGCAUCGACAGUCUCGCGCCGCCUUUUAGUGUCGUCGCUGGCUGUCGCGACACGGACUACCCCGAGCACUGGAGGCUCACCUCCAUCUACCGACAGUCCUACCGUAAUCCCAAGAAAAUGCGCGAGACUCGGACGCUGCUCAAGUACGACCGUACCUGAAGGAUUUUCCCUUGGAUUUUACGCUAAUGCGGCCUCGCGUGAU